ACCGCUAACUCUACAUGCAAUUGGCCAGCAAAAGCUCUGGAGCACUGACCAAUUUUUGAUUCCUAGCGGAAACUGAAGAUGGAUUGCUAUCCUAUUCGAAGACUGGUAAAAGCCAGUUGAUUCUGCUGUUGGAGACAUUUGUUGAGUGGGAGGACAUGGGAGGCAGAAAGGAAGUAGUGAGCAGGCUCGCUCCUAUGUCCAACUCUUCCAGGCAGUUUCUACCUCACACGCCGCUAAACAGACUCAGGCUCCGACUGACCUGCAGCCCCCUCGGUAGUUUGCGAUCGAAAUCAAGCUCCCAAGUUACCAACAGGAGCCCCAGUCCCUCCGAGAUGAACGGUAAGCCUUGGGCCAGGCCAAGCUACCAGGACCAAGCUGCAGCUGAACACACACAGGACAAAUGUACAGCGUCCCACCAGGAACCACAACAGCACCCUGACAAACUGUGCCUGGACUCCUUCUGGAGUGAGGUGGAGACCAUACGCAGCCAAGAUAGCGGUUACAUUGACCUUGACACUGACAGCGCCAGUCGAGACUCCAGACACUCUGAAGAGGGAGAGCAAGAGGAGCAGUGGCUCCAGGAUGCAGGUCUGUCCACUCUGAUAAGACAGCAGCAGCAGAGACCAGACAGAGACAGAGACCGGGAACAGGACAGGGAAGACCAGGAUGUUGACCAGGCCAUCCUACUGUCCACUCUGACCCGUACGCAGGCCGCAGCCGUCCAGAGGAGGCUUGAUUCCUACACCCUGUCCCUGAGGAAGAGGAGCAAACCCCCGCCGCGCGACGUUAGGGACGUCUUUAGCUCAUCACCCUCCUCCAUCUCUCAGACGCCUCUACCAGAGUCCCAAGACCCUGAGCCUAUAGAACCUAGCGCAUCUAUAUCAUCUAUACCAGAGGACAGCAUGGAGACUAUCACCAAGACCCUACGACAAGAGGUCAGCUUGGAGCAGCAGCAUGGAGGAGAUCCUAAAGAGGAUGUCUUCAUCACAGACGUGGCGUACUGUGAACAGGCGGCCAUCUUGUUGAAACAGGCCAUGCUGCCACAGAUACAGAACAACGGCCGGAAGAGGAAGGAGGACGGCACACUGCCUAGGAUGACCUGCCCUCAGUGUCGUCUGGGUGUGACUCGUAUCCAUGACCUGUCCAAUCAGGACAUGAAGAAAGUUCGUCAGCUGGCCCUCAUCGAAAUGACAGCGCUCUGCGACCUGCUGGAGCUCGACGUGAAGAGACACAAAACCUGCAAGAGGAAGAUACUAGAGAGCGCCCUGUAUGGGGUCCCCUUGGCCAUGCUGUUGGAGAAUGAUCAGAAAAUCAAUCCCACUGCCACCACUCCUCUCAUCCUGCAGGCGCUGCUCUCUUUCCUGGAGAAGAGCGGAGUAGACUCAGAAGGCAUCCUGCGGGUUCCAGGCUCUCAGUCCAGAAUCAAGAAGUUGCAGCAGGAUCUGGAGCAGAACUUCUACAGUGGAGGAUUCAGUUGGGAAGAGGUCAGCCCCAACGAUGCUGCAGCGCUAGUGAAGAAGUUUAUUCGAGAGCUGCCUUCUCCACUGCUCACCACAGAGCACCUCAACGCAUUCAGCGCUGUCAGGGACAUCCCUGAGCUGAAACAGAAGCUACAUGUUCUGAACCUUCUCAUUCUUCUUCUGCCUGAACCGAACAGAAACACACUAAAGGCUCUGUUGGAGUUUCUGAGUAAGGUGGUGUCCAGAGAGAGGAGGAACCGUAUGAACCUGUGGGCCGUGUCCACCAUCAUGGCCCCUAACCUGUUCCUCCACAAAGCCGUGCCCUCCCGCCUCACUGACGGGGGGCCAGGGGUGGAGAAGGGACAGGCCGAGAAGGCUGCUGACAUCAUGAGGCUCCUCAUACGCUACCAGGACUUGCUCUGGACCAUCCCCAACUUCCUGAUGAGCCAGGUGCGAAAACUGAAUGAGAACCGUAACCGGAGGUACCAGUUCUACGACCGACGCAUCAAGAACCUGCUGAGGAAAAUACACCAAGACAGCAAGGACAAACCUGACAAGAACUCAGAGCCGUGUCGUACAGUAAAGAUCCAGGUGGGAGAUCUGAUGAGCAGCACCAUGGAGGUGCAGGUUAACAUCAGCUCUAGGGCUUCAGACCUGCUGGCUCAGUUCCACAGGCACCUCUGCAGCUCCGACAACACUAAGAGGAACGGUUCGGUAUCCCACCCAGACUGUGCCAUCUAUGAAGUGGGAGGAAAUAUCGGUGAACACUGCAUAGACCCAGAGACCCAUCUCCUGGACCUGUACAACACUAACCCCAGUGGGGAGUGGGUCAUCAAACUGAAACCACUGGUCACCACCAGGGGGCUGCACCAAUAAGAGACAGGAGGCAGGCAAAGGGAGAGACCAGUAGGGAUCUUCAAGAGCCAGCCAGAAGGGGAGAGAGACCAGGAGGAGGAAGUUGCUGCUGCUGUUAAAAAACAAACCACCUUAAGAUUGAGCCCUCUCUCCCCCUUUCCUCUGCUCAAUGCAGGGGAGACCAGACUAGGAGGUGCAAAGCAGAGAGAGACAGAGAGGGGGAGCUACUGCUCAAAAACACUCCACCUCCACACCUUCAGAUGGAAGAGAGGCUGAGGUUGCUUCUUGGCUUGUCAGCUCUCAGCCAAUCACCUCCCAGCAUCCGCAGGAACCCAGAUGGGGAUCUGAUGCACCGCUGCUUACAACAGCAGCCACAGAGUCUCUCUCACUCCCUCUCUCUCACUCUCUCUUUCUUUUUGCUAGCUCUCCAUUCCUUCUUCUCAGACAUUUGAUCACAAAAGGAAUGGGAGUGGAACAUGUACAGUAUAUCUGUUUUCCUUUUUUGUCUCUUUCACAGGGGGACAGUCAGAGACACUCAUGAGCUGAUAGCCCCAUGUCCUGUCCCUUGUGUAUGACUUUGGCUCUGUUCUUUCUGGGGCCUUUGUCCCUGUAGACUCUCAAUAAGAGCCCUAAUCAGAGCAGAGGACAGAGAUCCUUCUUCUCUUUAAGGGGUCAAAGGUCAGCCUUUAAGACAUUACUACUGGACCUCUAAAGGGAACUGUUGUUUAAUAACAGAGAGUGAAGCUGGACUUCAUUUCUGUUUUCUCAUUUUUGUUUUUGAUGAAUGAAGGAUUUUAAGUAUAGAAUCUGGCGAUGGAUUGAUUGACUAUUUAUAAUUGAUUGGAUGUGUCUAUCUGUAUGUACGUGUAUGUAGUCAUGAAUGUUGUCCUUUGAAAUGAAUAGGUAUGUUUGUUGCUGAAAUAGUUAGUAACAUAAGUCAUGUGAGCUCAUCAAGUCUUUUUGGGGGCUUUUUACAGUGUUAUUGCUCUUAUACAGUACAUUGGUUGAUGAGUUGUAUUUUGAUGCACUUCUGCAUCCCUCUUUUUCUAUUUCUAUUACCCAUUUGUCAUCCGUUCCUCUUUAAAAUACAUGUCAUACAGUUCCAGUCAAAAGUUUGGACACGCCUACUCAAGUGUUAAACAAAUCAAAAUCUAUUUUAUAUUUGAGAUUCUUCAAAGGCUGUUGGAAAAGCAUUCCAGGUGAAGCUGGUUGAGAGAAUGUCAAAAGUGUGCAAAGCUGUCAUCAAGGCAAAGGGUGGCUACUUUGAAGAAUCUCAAAUAUGAAAUAUAUUUGUAUUUGUUUAAUACUUUUUUUGGUUACCACAUGAUUCCAUAUGUGUUAUUUCAUAGUUCUGAUGUCUUCGCUAUUAUUCUACAAUGUAGAAAAUGGUAAAAAAAUAAAGAAGAACCCUUGAAUGAGUAGGUGUCCAAACUUUUGACUGGUACUGUAUAUGAAAUCUAUUAAUAGUGUUUACACGUUUUUGAUGAUGCUCAGAUGUUAGAGACAGUAUGCAACACCAUCAAUGGAGGCUGUUGUGGGAAGGACGACUCAUACUAUUAGCAGGAAUGGAGCUAAUGCAAUGCUAUCAAACAAAUGGAACCCAUGUGUUUGAUGUAUUUGAUACCAUUCCAUUUAUUCCUAUCCAGCCAUUACCACGAGCCUGUCCUAAGGUGCCACCAACCUCCUGUGACCACCAUGUACAUUAUUUUCCACAACAUGACAACCUACCAUGAAUUUACAGUGGGGUCUGAAAUGAUUGACACCCUUGAUAAAGAUGAGCAUAAAUGACUGUAUAAAAUAAAUCAGUCAAAUACUGAGCUAUAUUGUAUACUUAAAAAAUAGGAAAUUAUAUUAUUUUAUUCUAAUUGAAUUGUUCAGAGAAUGAGAUUUUGUGUAACAAAUAAUAUUAUAACCAUUUAUUUGUGGAUUUUGAUGUGUGCUUGAGGUUAUUCUCUUGCUGGACGAUCCACUUCCUGCCAAGUUUCAGCCUCCUAGCAGAGGCAACCAAGUUUGGGCUAAAAUGUCCUGGUAUUGGGUAAAGUCCAUGAUUACGUUGACCUUAACAAGGGCCUCCGGACCAGUGGAAGCAAAUAACCCCAUAACAUCAAAGAUCCACCACCAUAUUUUACAGUAGGUACAGUGCCUUCGGAAAGUAUUCAACUCCCUUGACUGUUUCCACAUUUUGUUGAGUUACAAAGUGGAAUUAAAAUGUAUUUCAUUGAAUUGUUUAAAUAAUCUACACAAAAUACUCUGUAAUGUCAAGGUGGAAGAGAAAUUCUAACAUUAUUUUUUAAAUAUAUGUCUUUAUUAGAUAAUUAUUCAACCCCCUGAGUUAGAAACACCUUUAGCAGCAAUUACAUAUGUGUAAUUACCCAGAAAUACUCACAUGUGUAAGAGCUUUGCACACCUGGAUUGUACAACAUUUGCCCACCAACUCUGUCAAGUUGGUUGUUGAUCAUUGCCAGAACCAUUUUCAUGUCUAGCCAUUGAUGUUCAAAUAAAUAUAAAUCGAAACUGAAGCAUGGCCACUCAGGAACAUUCAAUGUCAUGUUAGUAAGCAACCAAACUGCAGAUUUGGCCUUGUCAUUUGUCUCACAGUGUCUAUUGGAAAGCAGACUGAACCAAGUUUUCCUUUAGGAUUUUACCUUUACCUAUUCCAUUUAUUUUGAUCACAAAAAUAAUGAUCCUGUCCAUCCCGAUGACAAGCAUACCCAUAACAUGAUGCAGCCACCACUAAUGCUUGAAAAUAAGAGUGGUACUCUCUUCUUUCUUUUCACUUUGUAAUUUAGGUUAGUAUUGUGGAGUAACUACAAAGUUGUCAAUCCAUCCAAAUUCUAAAAUUACUAUUGGUCUCAUUAUGAAAGCAGUUUACUUCCUCUCUGGCAACUGAGUUAGGAAGGACGCCUGUAUCUUUGUAGUGAAUGAGUGUAUUGAUACAUCAUCCAAAGCCUAAUUAAUAACGCCAUACUCAAAGGAAUAUUCAGUGUUUUUUUCCGUUUUUUUUUUUUUACCCAUUUAUCAAUCGGUGCCCUUCUUUGCGAGACAUUGGACAACCUCCCAGAUAUUUUGGUUGGCCCCAAGCAAAAAUUGUACCUAUCUAAAAAUUGUUAGCUGACAUUGCUAAUUGAUCAACUGUCAGUGACUGAUAAAACAAGAAAAAAACUGCUGAUGCACAACCAAAUUUCGAACUUACACCUUGUGCAUUCUACUAUUCUAACUCUUAACAGUAAGUUAAGACCCCGACUGAGUUCCUAAAAUAUAUAUAUAUUUAUUAUUUUUUGGUUGAGGCCCCCUCAGCGGCCGGGGCCCUAAGCGCCCGUUUAUGUUGCUUAUGCCUGGAGCCGGCCCUGCUCCCUGGUCUUUCUGGGGAGAUUCUCUACUCACUGAGGGACCUUACAGAUAUUUGUACUUGUGGGGUACAGAGAUGAGGUAGUCAUUCAUAAAUCAUGCACACAGAUUGGAGUCCAUGCAACUUAUGUGAUUUAUUUUUAAGUUUGUCCUCCUGAACUUAUUUAAGCUUGCCAUAACAAAGGGGUUGACUACUUACUGACUCAAGACAUGUCAGCUUUUCAUUUUUCUAUUAAUUUGUGAAGAUGAUAUUCUUAAAACCCAAUUCCACUGACAUUAUAGGUUACUGUGUGUUGAGUGACAAAUUGUGAAUCUCAAUUGAAUCCAAUUAUAAGUUCAGGCUGUAACACAAUAAAAUGGUGAAAAAGUCAAGGGGGCUGAAUACUUUCUGAAGACUGUAUGGGAUGAUGUUCUGCUCAUGCAUUCUCAUUGGAACGCCAAACUCACCGCUGGCGUGCGCGGCCAAAGAGCUUCAUUUUCAUGUCAUCCAACAAAUGUAAACGUCUGGAGUUUUCUAAGCGGCAUUCGCACUUGGAUUGAAACCGCUGCUUUGGUCAGAUGACAUGAAAAUAAGAGCUCUUUUUUUUGGCCACGUACACCCCAGUGGUGGGUUUGGUGUCGAAAUGAGAAUGCAUGAGCAGAAAAUAAGUUGGGCGGAAGUGGACCUUCCAGAAGGACAAUAACAUUUACACAUCAACAACCACAAAGAAACAUGGAGCAUGGAGUAUGCAACAUUUUGCAAUGACCGUCUCAGUCUCCACACUUGAAGCCCUUUGAAAACCUGUGGUUUGAAUUGAAGAGGGCUGUCUAUAAGUGCAGAUUAAGGAUAUAAAGGAUCUGGAAAGAUUCUGUAUGGAGGAAUGGUCUAAGAUCCCUCCCAACGUGUGCUCCAAUCUCAUAAAACAUUUUAGAAAAAGUGCCGUGAUCCUCGCAAGGUGAGGUAUUGAAAACAGGGGUGGUAAUCAUUUUUACCCCUUCCUUUUUCUCUGAGCAAUUGUAUUAGUAUAAAAUAAUAUAAUUUCCCUUUUUCUUUUGCAUACAAAAUAGCUCAGUAUUUGAAUUAUUCAUUUUUACUCAUCUUUAUCAAUGGUGUUAAUCAUUUCGGACCCCACUGUGUAUGCUACUCUUCACAGACAUUAUGCACCGCUACACACAGUUUAAAAUGUUUACACAUGCUCAAACACACACACGCUCAAACAAACUGUAUAGAUCUCAUCUCAGUCACAGAAAGUCCUUGUUCUAUACAGAGCCAGAGCCACAGAGGAGUCACUACUUCUGUUUGAUAAAGAGAAGGCUAGUGUGUGUGUGUGUUUUGAGCUUCAUUACACAAGCCCAACUGGGCUGUGGCUGAGUCUGUGGCACAGUUCAUUGCCCCAGUACAAAGCACUGAUGGAACACACACACACAUAAAGCAAAGCACUGAUGGAGCAGACCUUCUGCUGACAUUAAUCAGUGGAACUAGGUCACCUUUAAAGCUCUGUUAUUCUCAGGGGAACUAGUGACACUUUACACCCUAGAUACAGCCCAGCCCAGGCCAGAACACGUGUGGAUGUAAUGUGUGGGUACAUACUGUACACGCUUGCAUACUCCAUGCACACACACACACACACACACACACAAAAUCAACUGGGUCACAUGUACUGUAUGUGGAGUACUGAUGCAUGUUCUCCCUAUAUUGUACUUUCAAUGGCCAAUUCUGUGUCCUUUCGUUAGGGCGUCAUGUAAUUCAAGCCCUUAAAACAGUGUAAUGCAAAUGAUAUGAGGAACACUUGUGUGACAAGCACCUAAGAGAUCAACAUGAGAGGUAGUACAAGAAAAGAACAAAAACUGUUAUUUUACGGUAAAAACCUGAGUCGAUGUGUCUUGAGAAUGUCUUCAAUGAAUGGACAUUGCUUUGUAAUAAUCUACAUACUAUCAAAUGCUGCCGCAAUGCUCUCAGUUGUACAGCUGACAAAAUAAUUUAACCUACUGUAGGUUACAGUGGUAGUUGUGUACAGUGGGCUCCGAAAGUAUUGACACUCUUGGUAGAAAUGACUGUUUAAAAUAAAUAAUUCAAAUACUGA